AUGCAUCUCAUGUACACGCUCGACGCGCACGGCAAGCGCGUCUACACGCUCAAGAAGAGCACGCCGAGCGGCGCCAUUACCAAGAGUGCACACCCGGCCCGCUUCUCGCCCGACGACAAGUUUUCGCGGCACCGCGUGCUGCUCAAGAAGCGCUAUGGCCUGCUCUUGACGCAGCAGGUGGCCAAGCCUAUGUAG